UCGUAUUGUGAGAACGGUGUCAAAGUGAGUUGAUUAAAUCACACUAAAUUAAUAAUUAAAUCUCACUAAAUUAACAAUUAAAUUAAUAUCUAAUAGUGUCUAUUUAUAGUUAUGUUUCUAAAGUGUCUAUUAAUUAUUAACAUAUGCAUUAUUGUGAUUGUUCUGGGCGGUGAUGUGAGCAGUGAUGAAGACUAUAUGGAUGCUGUUAUAGCUUUAUUGUUGAACGGUGAUAAUGUAGAUUUCAUUGAAGACGGUGAUAAGGAAGACGAAGACACACCGAUCCUGACUGGAGGUAUUUGGAAAUGUGGUGACUGUGAGGACGUCGACGAGUCUAAACUCAUCUAUAGUGAGAGCAACGAUAUCGAUACUGGCAUGACAGAUGACAAUGUGGAUAUACAGAUUGGUCUUGCAUUGACGAAUAUGCGAUGUGUAACCGUCCGAGCAGAUGUCGCUGGCAUCGUCAGACGGAUGGCGGGCGCGUGUAGAGGGGAAACCGUCACACUAACUGUUGCGCCCGCGCAGCACUUCACUGUGAACGUAUAUGGAAAUUAAAUAUGUAAUAAUAGUAAUACAAACAGACAUAAUACUUUUUAGAAAUAAUAAUUUAUUUAAUGGCGAGAAUAGAUGUAAAUGCAAUUACAAGAAAGAAGAGAAAUAUCGCGGUAAACAGGGCGAUAAUAUUUUUUUAAACAACGCCAUCUAGUUCCGCAUGAAGAGAUUGUACUUUGAGAACUAGUUAGUAAUAUAAUGUAUAAUAAUUUUACGAAUAUUUAUUGUAUUAUUCGCUGAAUUUAAAUAUAAUGACAACUCUACUAUGUUUAACUUACCUAAAUAAGUCAAGCCACAGAUUUCUCACAUAAAUGAAAGGAUAAAGUAUAAAAUAACCUACCAUUACAAAGAUGUUCAGAAAGAACCAUUAUUUUCCAGUAAAAAUAAAUAAAAUAAAAAUUCUAAAACUAAUAUUUAUAAUUUAUGUUGAUAUUAAAUGUCGAUAAACGGUCGUUAAUCCGAAACAGCUUGUCUUUUAACAUAGACUUCCUCUAAAGAGUUCCAUUCCGCCUUGUACUUUGCUUUGCGGGUCCAUAUUGGGCCGGCUGUUUUCCUAAUGUCAUCCUUCCAUUUUUUUUUAUACAACUUAGAAUGGCAAACAAGCUGACGGUCCACCUGGUGGAAAGUGGAAAUCGUCGUCUAUAGAUAUGAGCAGUACUAGGGACAUAAGAGAGUAUACUGUUUCGCCCAUGAUACUUCCCAUGCAUUGCUAUUCCCGAGGACUCAGGUGUUAUUCCUCUGUACCCUGUAAAUUCACUGCCAUAUCCCGCCCUUCAAACCGAAAUACAGCCGUGCAAACACAACUGUUUCACGGUAGAAACACCAAUGAGACAAAGGUGUCCAAGCAAAUGACUUUUGUACAAAGUAUCCCUCUGGGACUUUCAUUGUACUUGGUAUAUUAAAAUUUUAUGUUACAAUUAUUCACCUCAAGAUAUAAUAGCGCAGUUAUAAAAAAAUUACGCCGUAUAAUGUUCGAGUCGCCUUUUAAUUAAGCAAGUUUAUAGCUUAUUUAAUUUUAAUGAGGCAACUUUUAACACGCUCGUACAAAAAUACCAUGAUAAUUAUAACUAAAAAGUUUAUGUAAUGACGCCUCUUUGUUUUUCUCAUUAAUUGCAAUUUAUGGACAAAGUUAAUAAUAUUUCCAUACUUAUAAGAAAAAUUGUGAUACACUUUUA